GUCGUUGUGCUUGACCCACGAGUGUACGAGAGAACACUGUCGCCCUCGUCUUCCGUCCAACGAUUCACUGGAAGUCUUCUUCGUCUCUCUGAGUUCACGAACAUACAAGUGAGGAAGUACUAAACUUUAAGCUCUAAAAGAUCUCUGCUUGUUUAUAUUUUUUAUUUUGAAGAGAAUGGCGUCGUCUUCAUCAUCAUCGACAGAAAGAAGAGGAAUACCUGGAGCUCAAUUUGUAGAAGAUGUGGAAACCUAUCUCAAUCAAUCUGGUCUUGAUGUCAACUCUGCUCUUUCCUUCCUCCAAGAAAGGCUUCAGCAAUAUAAGUUGGUCGAGAUGAAACUUCUUGCCCAGCAGAGGGAUCUUCAGGCAAAGAUCCCUGAUAUUGAGAAGUGCUUAGAUGUGGUUUCGACUUUACAAGCUAAGAAGGGUACUGGUGAGGCAAUUAUUGCUGAUUUUGAAGUCUCUGAAGGCAUAUAUUCGCGCGCCUCAAUUGAGGAUACUGACUCUGUGUGUUUAUGGCUGGGAGCAAAUGUCAUGUUGGAAUAUUCAUGUGAAGAGGCCACUAGUCUUCUACAAAAGAACUUAGAUAAUGCCAAAGCUAGUUUAGAAGUUCUUGUAGCUGAUUUACAAUUCUUGAGGGAUCAAGUCACAAUAACACAGGUCACUAUCGCCCGAGUGUAUAAUUGGGAUGUUCACCAGCGCAGAAUGCGACAAGCUGCUGGUACUUCUACAGAUUCGUGAAACAAAAGUCUCUGUUACCCAGAUUCAGACGUGACCAUUUAUAAUCUUCUUGACAGUAUGGUCCUAAACUCUCAUUGUUUAAUUUAGGUAAAUGGGCUGUCAUUGUAUUUUUGGUGAUGCAAAAUUUUGCUUUAUGGCUUUCCUGCACCUCUUGUUUGAAAUUCUGAUCCACUAUAGGACCCUGUUGUGGAAGACGUAUUAUAUUAUUUGGACCAAUAUUUGUAAAAUUAUUACCCAAUUGGACUUCUCAGCUUUAGUAGUAAUUGUCUUUAUUUGCCCCAA